AUGAAGCUGAGCGACAGCGUGCUGCAGAACUUCCAUGUCGCCAAGGUGUUCCGCGAGAACUCGGACAAGAUUAACUGCUUCGACUUCAGCCCCAACGGCGAGACGGUCAUCUCGAGCAGCGAUGACGACUCCAUCAUGCUCUGUGACUGCCAGGAGGGCAAACCAAAGAGAACCUACAGUAAGAAAUAUGGCGUGGACCUCAUCAGAUACACUCAUGAAGCAAACACAGUCGUUUACAGCCCUAAUAAAACAGACGAUACUAUCCGUUACCUGUCCUUUCAUGACAACAAAUACACCAGAUACUUUCCUGGACAUAGCAAAAGGGUGGUGGCCUUGUCCAUGUCACCUGUGGGUGACACUUUCAUUUCUGGGUCUCUUCACAAGACCAUUCGGCUCUGGGAUCUCCAGUCUCCUAACUGCCAGGGUCUCAUGCAUCUACAGGGCAAACCAGUUUGUUCUUUUGAUCCAGAAGGAUUAAUUUUUACUGCAGGUGUCAAUUCUGAAAUGGUCAAACUUUAUGAUCUUCGCUCUUUCGAUAAGGGGCCAUUUGCGACAUUUAAGACACAGUAUGAUCGGACUUGCGAGUGGACGGGAGUUAAGUUCAGCAGUGAUGGCAAACUCAUCCUCAUCUCCACCAAUGGCAGCUUCAUCCGUCUGAUCGAUGCAUUCAAGCGAGUGGUGAUGCAUACACAUGGGGGUUAUGUCAGCAGCAAAGCCGUCACACUGGAGGCGUCGUUUACUCCAGACUCACAGUUUAUUAUGAUUGGUACAGAGGAUGGCAAGAUCCGUGUCUGGAAUGGAGAGAGUGGUAUAAAAGUAGCUGUGUUGGAUGGCAAACACACAGGCCCCAUCACCUGUUUGCAGGUCAACCCCAAGUUCAUGACUUUUGCCAGUGCUUGUUCCAACAUGGCCUUCUGGUUGCCCACCAUCGAUGACUGACCUGCAUGGUGCUUGGCGGUUUUCUGUACAGCGAGGGUGGCCAGUAGGAAAAAAACUCAGAGGGAACUAAGAUAAUAGUGAGAUUGGAUCAUUUGACUGGGCUG